AUGAAUGAAGAAAUGUAUCCCGAUCGGGUGUCAACAAAAUCUGAACGAGAAAAUAUCAACCCGGAAAAACCGCCGAAUCGAUGGUUGAAUGCUCUGUUGGCUACUAAUGCCGUAACAUCGGUCAUCGGUCUCAUUAUUCUAUUUCUUCUUCUCGGUAUACCUGUGAGCAUGCUUGUCAUUGGCGUUCGUUAUCGACAUCGACACUUUUGUCCAAUCGAGCCUCGUAUUAGUCUAUUUCUUACUGUUGGUGGUGGUGUAGCACUUGGAUAUGUUGUGCUUAGUAUCGUUUUAUCACUAAUCACUAUGUUUCUCUACUAUACUCGAUCGUUCAAGAUUCUAGUUCCGGUUACUGUCCUGGCCAUGAUUACGAUGCUCAUACAGAUUUUCCUGUUCAUUUGGGUAAUCAUCGGCAGUGUAUGGACAUUCAGUAUUUAUAAUGAUGUUGAAUAUACGAAUCCGCGUCGUUGGAGAAAAUAUUGUGAUGAGACAUUGUAUAUGUUUACUUUUAUCUAUUUGAUUAUUAUCAUUGUGCUUUGGGCUAUACAACGUUGUGUUCGAUGUUUUUUCGGUAUUUUUCAUGCAAGACAAGACACGUAG